GAGUGGGACAGUAAGCUAACACUUUGAACGCACGCUCUGUCGAAUAAGACAUCGCAACAGAUCAAAAUGAGUGGUCAGUUUGAGGAAGAUUUCCACGAUCGGGGCGAACGAAAGAGUAAAUCGCCCACUCUACUUUCUUCGUAUUGUAUAGAUAGUAUACUGGGCCGUCGGAGUCCCUGCAAAGUAAGGCUGAUAGGGGCGCAAAGUUUGACAACCCUGCCAAGCAGAGGGGAAAUCAACAAGCCGACAGAAGGUUCAACUAGAGAUCCCCUGUCUCUCGACACCGACAUGCACCUGCCACCUAAGCUGCGACGGCUAUACGGGCCUGGGGGAAAGUACCUUCACGAUCACGGGGAGAAGUUUGACAGGGAGCGGCUCCUGUUGGAUCAAGCCUGUGAUAGCCUCAAAAUCAGCCAGGCGCCGCAGGUGAGCAUCAGCCGCAGCAAAUCCUACCGGGAGAAUGCGUCCCUAAACCGGGGUGAGGGAGGCCAGAGCCCUGGAGAAGGGUCCGACGACGGCAGUCUGGGAUUGGUGGAACUAGGCCCUUUGAAGUUCGAAGAGGAUGCAGGAAAAGAGGAUGAGGCGUGCGGGGACACAUCAGGUCUCUCCCCCAAGGACGAAGAGAGGGAGAGCCACGCCGGGGAUGGGGACGUGAGGGACGGGGAGGACAGCGUGUGUCUGUCCGCAGGCAGCGACUCGGAGGAAGGGAUGCUGAAACGGAAGCAGAGAAGAUACAGGACUACAUUUACCAGUUACCAGCUUGAAGAACUAGAAAGAGCUUUCCAAAAGACGCACUAUCCUGAUGUGUUCACCAGAGAGGAACUCGCAAUGCGUCUGGAUCUCACUGAGGCACGCGUUCAAGUGUGGUUUCAGAACCGCCGGGCCAAGUGGAGGAAGCGAGAGAAGGCCGGGGUCCAGGCCCACCCCUCAGGGCUGCCCUUCCACAGUCCCCUGGCUGCAGCCCACCCUCUCAGCCACUACAUGGAGGGGGGCCCCUUCCCCCCCCACCCCCACCCCGCCUUGGAGUCUGCCUGGACUGCCGCCGCUGCUGCCGCCGCCUUCCCGGGGCUGGCUCCACCCCACAAUGGUUCGGCCCCGCCCCUGGCCACACCCCUGGGCCUGGGCACCUUCCUGGGUACAGCGGCCAUGUUCCGCCACCCGGCAUUCAUCGGACCCACCUUCGGCAGGCUGUUCUCCAGUAUGGGUCCACUGACCAGCGCUUCCACCACCGCCGCACUCCUCCGUCAGCCAGCACCGCCAGUGGAGAGCCCCUCCCACCCCGCCCCGGUGCUGUCUGACCCUUCCUCCUCCUCCCCCUCUUCUUCGGCCGCAGCAGACCGCAGGGCGUCCAGCAUCGCCGCUCUGCGACUCAAGGCUAAGGAACACUCAGCUCAGCUCACUCAGCUCAACAUCCUGCCAACUGGAGCUCCAGGCAAGGAGGUGUGCUGAGGCGCGCUCUUACCCGAGCAGGGGCCCUCUCUCCUGGGCUUACAGUCCAAUCCCUGCCCCCUCAUACCUCUGGAGCAGUUUGCUUACACUGACAUCCCUCACCUUCCAUACCUCAAAAGCGCCCCUUCCCCACCCCCCCAACAAAAAGCACGACCAAAUUCAAAGAGAACUGGCUAACUGGACCGCUGUGUGGGUGCACACGAACAUACCACUAUCAAUUAUAAUCCACUAACCACACCACCAAACACAGCGCUACUUCCUGGUUCACUAGUUUCACAUCCUGCUUGUGUUAAUCCUGCUGUGCGAUGCUGCAUCCACAGACUAACUCGGAUCAACCACACCUGCUGCUCCCGCUAGAAGGAUAAUGGUACUUGAAAAUUAAGGCCAGAACCACACACACACACAAAAGAGGAUGGACGGAAGAUCAUGAGAAGAACAAGAACUGGCAGGAAAUGGAUUCUGUUGAACCUGGACAACAUCAUGCAGUGCUCAGAACCUUGCCCCUUGAUCCAUGCUGAUCAUGCUGGAAUGAUAGUACGGAUCAUGAACCCACUUGUCAAUAGGUUGCCAUGCCAAAGGAAAUAGUCAAUACACCUUCCAUAGACUUCUCUGCAGCCUGGUCCAAUAUAACCGGCAUCUAGUUUGUUUUCUGUUGGCACCAGACACGUGAGCAAGAGUCUCCAUUUGAAAUGCAGUUUGCAGUAGUGGUUUCAAUAAAGGGAUCAUGAGCCAAACAAAUACCACUCAAUGUCAUAUUGGCCAACGGAGUUCAUUUGAUUCCAGGACAAACAAUGUGAAGUUAGGUUGUACCAGACACCUAUGGUUGCACUGUGGGAGACGAUACUGUUAAUACCAUUGUACAUUUUUGGGAAAAGGCAAAAAAUGAUAAUUUUCAGAACAGAGUCCUGUAUAUUUUAAGGAGACUCUGUUUUGAGCAGUUGCACUUGGUGUAGUGUCUUAUGAAUGUUGCCCUGUGUAGAAUUUCACCUGUGUUAAUGAAAUAUUAGGUUUUAGAUCAUUAUUUAUGUCAAACCUGUGUCCCAAGGGAUUGAGUGAAGGACAGGAGUUAUUUGUGAUUGUACAUUUCUGGUUUAGUAUUGAAGAGGAGAACAUAUUUGAAUAAAUGACGCUGAUAAAAUGAAUUAUCUUUUAUUAUUUCCAACCAUCAUAUAAUUGAAAUAGGUCUGAACCAGAAAUCAAACC